GACAUAAUUGCCCCUCUUGCAUAACCUGGUCUUCUCUCCCUCUUCCAAGUGUUACAACUUACAACUAUCAAAUACUAUUAUUCAAUUGCUUUCUGGAAAAUCACUCCUUAUUCAAUUCCACCUUUGCUUACAAUCACAAAUACAUUAUACAUACAAUUUAAACACAAUUGCUGAGAUUUUUAUUUUUGGAGACAGAACAUAGAGGAAGAAGCAGAGGUUUUUGUGUGUGUGUGAAGAAGAACAGAUGAAGAACGAAGAGCAAGCUCGUAGUUUGUUUGGGAUUUCACUCUCUAACAGACCCAGAUGGCAGCAAUUCCUCAUUUGCUCAUCUGGAUUCUUCUUUGGAUAUCUUAUUAAUGGCAUCUGUGAGGAAUAUGUGUAUAACAGGCUCAAAUUCAGCUAUGGUUGGUACUUUACAUUUAUUCAAGGCUUUGUUUACCUGGCUCUGAUUUACCUCCAAGGCUUCACAAGCAAGCAAAUGGUGAAUCCAUGGAAAACUUAUAUUAAGCUUUCUGCUGUUCUUAUGGGUUCACAUGGUUUGACUAAGGGUUCCUUGGCCUUUCUCAACUACCCUGCACAGAUUAUGUUCAAAUCCACCAAGGUUCUUCCCGUAAUGGUAAUGGGUGCUUUCAUACCGGGUCUGAGAAGGAAGUAUCCACCGCAUGAGUAUAUAUCUGCUGUACUUCUGGUAGUUGGCUUGAUCCUAUUCACACUAGCAGAUGCACAUACAUCACCAAAUUUCAGUCUCAUUGGUGUUAUGAUGAUAUCUGGUGCUUUGGUCAUGGAUUCUUUUCUGGGAAAUCUGCAAGAAGCAAUCUUUACUAUGAACCCUGAAACCACACAGAUGGAGAUGCUUUUCUGCUCUACUGUAGUGGGUUUACCUUUCUUAAUCCCACCUAUGCUUUUCACUGGAGAAUUAUUCAAAGCAUGGACUUCAUGUGCACAGGUAAAUUUUGGAAUAAACAGCACCUUUUUUCCACAAUACUACCUCUCUAUUCUGCUUUCUUCUAAACAGAAUCACCUUUUCUUGUCCUUGCAGCAUCCUUAUGUGUAUGGCGUGUUGGUCUUUGAAGCAAUGGCCACAUUCAUAGGCCAAGUUUCUGUCCUCUCCCUUAUUGCAAUUUUUGGUGCUGCCACCACAGCCAUGAUAACAACGGCAAGAAAGGCAGUGACAUUGCUACUAUCAUACUUGCUGUUUACAAAACCAUUAACAGAACAACAUGGGAGUGGACUUCUACUGAUAGCCAUGGGAAUUACAUUGAAGAUGUUGCCUGAAAAUAAAGCCGCCCCCACCAAGAGGGUCUUAAGCUCUUCUUCCAGAGCCAAUAAUAGUGCAAAAGAUGAAGAGUUGGCAACCCUUCCUGCAGAUUCAAGAGAAGAUGAUGAAAGGAGGCCCUUGGUUUAGCCCUGUUCUUGUCGAUGCAAUUUUUAAUUUUUUAUGUCAUUAUUUUGAAAUUGGAAAUUUCUUUGACAUUUACAUAUCAUGCUGAAAGCAAAAAGAAAAAUAAUUUGUUAUUAUCCAAUUUAUUAAAUGAACGUCUUAGAUUGAAA